UCAGGAAUGUGUGGCUCACAGAUGGGCCUGGGGUUGCCUGUUCUAUGAUGGGCGUUCUCCAAGGAGAAGAGUCUGUAAGAGAGCAUCCUAUCAGAGAAGAGAAGGAAUGAGCAAGUUGUGAGUUUCUGACUGUUGCUUCAGUGGACCUCUGGGCAGAUGUCUGGCAAGAGCUAGGUCUACUGGCCCAUAUGAACCCUGCUGACACACCAGUCACCUGGGAGGUUUCUCUGGAACAGCAUGGUACCUAACAACACUGUUACUGAGCGAUGGUUGGAAAUCACCUACAUCAGCAUGGAAGUGAUCAUCGGGCUCUGUGCCAUAGUGGGCAACUUGCUGGUCAUCUGGGUGGUCAAGCUGAACCCCAGCCUGCAGACUACCACCUUCUACUUCAUCAUCUCCCUAGCUGUGGCUGACAUUGCUGUUGGGGUGCUGGUCAUACCUUUGGCCAUUGUCAUCAGCCUGGACUUAGAAAUGCACUUCUAUAUGUGCCUCUUCAUGUCCUGUGUGCUGCUGAUCUUCACCCACGCCUCCAUCAUGUCCCUGAUGGCCAUUGCUGUAGACCGAUACCUGCGGGUCAAGCUUACGGUCAGAUACAGGAUGGUCACCACUCAAAGAAGAAUAUGGCUAUCCCUGGGCCUUUGCUGGCUGGUGUCCUUCCUGGUGGGACUGACCCCCAUGUUUGGCUGGAAUAAAAAAUCAACCUUCUCCAAAAAUGUUACCACCCUUUCCUGCCGCUUCCGUUCAGUCAUGUGUCUGGAUUACAUGGUCUUCUUCAGUUUCAUCACCUGGAUUUUCAUUCCCCUGGUUGUCAUGUGUGUCAUCUAUCUGGAAAUCUUCUAUAUCAUCCGGAACAAACUUAGUCAGAACUUGUCUGGCUUCAGAGAGACAGGUGCAUUUUAUGGACGAGAGUUCAAGACAGCUAAGUCCCUGUUUCUUGUUCUCUUCUUGUUUGCUUUGUGCUGGCUGCCUUUGUCCAUUAUCAACUUUGUUUCUUACUUUGAAGUUAAGAUACCAGAGGUUGCCAUGUGCCUGGGCAUCAUGCUGACCCAUGCUAACUCCAUGAUGAACCCUAUUGUCUAUGCUUGCAAAAUAAAGAAGUUCAAAGAAACCUACUUGUUGAUUUUCAAAGCCUGUAGAAGCUCCCAAAUAUCAGGUUCCUUGGACCCAAACAUAGAACAGUCUUACCACGACAGAUGAAGAGUCAUCUCAUUGUACUUCACAUUCAGCAUCAGUGAACGCUGUGGGCCUUACCAGACUUCCUUGCUUCCUUCCACUGAGGUGGGAUCAUCUGGCUGGUGGCUGUACACCACCACUAAUACCCUCUUCUUUUGCCUCAGUUACUUUCUUGUUGUUCUGUAAUUCAAUUUUAUGGAGGCCUGAUGAAAACAAUGAAUUAUUGAUAUUAUGAACUGUGUUCCCCCUUCCCAGACAGAAAAACUCAUGGAAUCUUAAGGGAGUCUCAGCUUUUGGAGGAAAGACUCUUGAUUGGGCUGGAUGUAUAUGUGAUAGUGACUCAUCUCUAGCACAGAACGUACUCUUGAAAUAUUCCUAAAAAGUUGGGUACAGAAGGAGUCAACUGAAUUUAAG